AUGACUUGCGCACCUACCAGUGCCAGUUACUAUGGGGGCGAAAAGUCGGAUGUAUACCAAGUUGGAUGUGAACCAAGCAAAAUAACUAAUGCCUGCAAAUCUUGGACUGCCAGCAUCAGCACACCAGCCGAGGAGGCUGCCGAAUCGCCCAAACUCAGAAGUCCACCACCGCGUACAGUCCCCGUCAGGCUGCGUGGAAAUGAGACGGCUCGAAGUUAUCUACGACGCCUUAAGGAUGACCGCGCAGUCACUCGAAACAGAGUGCAUAAAUCCGAAUCGCUUGGGCAGAGCAGACGCUGGUACGUGCAGGAGGUGGCUUCACAACGAGGAGAAGGUCGUUUGUUCGAGGACCCAUUCUUUCCGGCAGAUGACAGCAGUAUCAGACGUGGUGGGAAACCCGGCUGUUCCGAGUAUGACUGGCUGCGACCUCAUGAGGUGACCAGGGACCCCAAAUUUAUCAUCGACGGGAUCAGUCGAUUCGAUGUUAAACAGGGUGAAAUAGGUGACUGUUGGUUCCUGGCUGCCUUGUCCAGUUUGUCCAUCCAUCCCAAACUACUUGAUCAGGUUGUUCCCAGCGGUCAAACUUUCAGCAUGCAAGACUGCAACAACGACAAGACCAUUCCCUACUGUGGUAUGUUUUGGUUCCGCUUUUGGCGCUUUGGUGAAUGGUACGAUGUGGUGGUCGACGAUCGUUUGCCCACUCGCCGUGGACGUUUGGUGUUCAUGCAUUCCUCGGAUCGGAACGAGUUUUGGUCUGCACUUCUCGAGAAGGCCUAUGUGAAGCUACUUGGAACUUAUGAAGCAAUGAAAGGUGGAAAUACCGCCGAGGCAAUGGAGGAUUUCACUGGUGGACUCACCGAGUUAAUGGAUUUGGGUGCAAAAGCGCCACCGGAUCUCUUCCGUAUCAUGGAACGAGCGCAUUGCCGAUCCUCUUUGAUGGCCUGCUCGAUCGAUGCCACACCGGAACAAGUUGAAUCCGAAGGACCCUAUGGUCUGAUCCUUGGACACGCGUACUCAGUGACCGAUGUACGAACGGUCAGCAGCAAAGAACCUACCAAACAGGUCAGACUUAUUCGUCUCCGGAACCCGUGGGGCAACGAUCGAGAGUGGUAUGGACCGUGGAGUGAUAAGUCCAGCGAGUGGAAUGCUAUUUCCGUUUCCGAACGAAAACGCAUCGGCCUGGUUUUCGAUAACGACGGAGAGUUCUGGAUAUCCUACGAGGAUUUCGUGCGCUACUUUUCACGCUUGGAGUUUUGUCACUUGGGUCCGGAAACUGGUCACUUUGGACAACCGAGCCGACUGGAAAAACCUCGUGGCUAUUGGGAAAUGACCACAGAGGUGGGUGAAUGGAUUAAAUAUUCCACAGCGGGUGGUUGUCGUAAUAACGAACGCACCUUCCACAUGAACCCACAAUUCCGCGUUCACGUUAUUGAUCCGGAUGAAACCGAUGAUGACAAUACAGGUACUAUUAUCAUCGGACUGAUGCAAAUGGGCAGACGAGAAAACUUUCAAGAACAUCACACAAUUGGCUACGCUUUGUACCUUAUUCCGGAAAACUACCCCAGUGGAAUGUUACUACCCCGGAGCUUUUUCGAAAGGAACGUUUCCAAGUGUCGAUCUCCCGCUUUCAUUAACAUACGCGAGGUAUGUGGUCGCCAUAAAUUGCCUCCUGGUGAGUACAUGAUCAUCCCCUCCACUUUCGAACCGAACCAAGAGGCCAAAUUUCUGCUCCGAAUAUUCUCCGAGAAACCGUGCAAUACUAGCGAACUUGAUGAUCCAACCACGAUUUCGCACGAUGAAGCGACUGGCAUAUCGACGUUGGCUGUGGACGAUAAAACCAUGCUUAAAUUAGAGGCGGCAUUUAAUGACAUCGCCGGUCCGUCUGGUGACAUACGGGCUACGGAACUGCGAGAUAUCCUCAACGCAUCGUUCACAAAAGGUAUACUGUCUGCCGACUUGAGUGGUGCAUUGGGAUUCGCGGAAUUCAAAAAACUUUGGAUGGAUCUGCGGAUAUGGAAGGUUAGCAACAAAGUCUACAACGCGAUCGUGCAACGUUAUGCGGACAGCGCCGGUCGAAUCAUGUUCGAUGACUACAUUCUUUUGCUUGUUCGACUGGUAACUGUGGUGGAAACAUUCAAAGCCCAGGAACGAUUGAACGAUGGCCGAGCCGUGUUCGGGCUGGAAGAUACACUCACUCAGGUGAUCUAG